AGGUCAGCAAGCAUGUCAGGGCUGCACGUCGACACGACGCCGUUUCUACCUGCGGCGGGCAAGAAAGGAGGAUCGCUCCAUGAGACAGCAGCUGCUUGUUUCGUGGAAGAAGAACGUCCUCCUACACCGGAGCACAUCCGGCGCUUCAGAAAGUCCUACAUGAAGCAGCCGGGGAAGCGAACUCAGCAUUGGGGGCUAGAAAAUGAUCCUCCUCCUCGACCUUCGGAGUUCACCUACGGAACUCCAGGAAUGAAGUCUCGGGGGGUGGAUGGACUGAUGGGAAGUCAUGCGGAGCCGACGAGUAUGCAGGCAUACCAACAGAUGCGGGCGGAAACGAUCUAUGAAACCAGCAAGAAGGAGCAACUUGGGAAAACAUUGAAUAGACACUAUGAGUGGCCGAAGCAGAUAGUACAGGACGAGGAAUUUCGCUUCGGAGUGAAGGGAUCAAAGGAGAAAGUAACGGCCAUAGAAGUCAUUCUCCCUUCCGACGCUCCUUCGCUGAACGUGACGGAAGAGCAGAAAGAGAUGUACAAGCUCUCGCACUAUGCCUACGAACCUGGCGAACAGAAAAGUCGAAAAUAUAAUUGGCAAAAGGCUGGAAUAGACCCAGUCACGCAUGUGUUUGGGGCUGUAGCUGAGAUAGACUACAAGGAUGGUGUUGCGAAAGCGAUCAAUCCUGACCUGGAGUACGAAAGCAAGGUUCAACCGACUGAAUUCAUGCCAAAGUCUGUAGCAGAUUUCAAGAAGGUUCGACAAGAUGAACUUGGCAAAGUGAAGAACCUUGGUCUCGGGCGACACCCGGUUCCUCCCGACUACACCUAUGGAAUAUCGUACAAGCGGGCAGAUGACUGGGGAGCAAAAGAAUGCAUUCAGGGAAACUAUACCGAAGAAGAGCAACUGCCUGAUCCUGACCUCGGCCGAUCAUUGAGAAGAGGUUGUGCACCGGAUGAAGUUCUCGUUUCUGAGAGAACCUUUGGCGUUCCAAAUGUGCGAAACGAUAUCAAGCCCCCCAAGUUCCAAUCAGUGGCUGACAGCAAGAACUACGGCAACGAACCUGGAGCAAAGGCAUUGCUGUAUCCGCAGCCUUACGCUACAAGAGGGGUGUACGAGGAAGAUUUCCUGAAGAAGUACCCCAAGGGAGAACUAUGCGACAUCGCGAUCAGUGCAGGUUUCUGUGACACGAUGGACGAGUUUGACAGGCUCUACUCAGUGGCGUGCAUCUCAAGUGGUGCCAGCGAAGAUGAGAUGAUUACUUUGGACUCGAUCCGGAGGGCGAUGUACGCUAUUUCUCUAGAAUGAUGCUGGCCUAUCAUCGGGAGUUGAGCGCAAAAGAUCGCCGGUGGAAGUAUUUCUUUCAUGUCUCCAUGUGGCAAAGGUGCUAAAUUCACAAGACAACCAGUCUGGACUUCCCUGCGACAAACGGAUGCUUCAGGGCCUCUUCCGGUGUGAUUCUUGCAUCAGGGUCGCAAACGAGCAUCUGUUGAAAUCGUUCAAAGUCACAUUUCAUGGGUUGGCUACACUCCUCGAAUUUACCUUCAA